AUGUACGGGCACCCGCUUCUCUAUGGCGAAGAUCGUACGCGCGCCACCGAAAAGGACCCGCUGGAGCUCGGAGUGACGCUGCUCUACGGCGGGGAGCGCAGCGAGGAGAACGAUCCGUUCGCCAUCGGUUUCCCUCUGGGCUUAUUGCCGUGUGGCUGUGUUCCCAUCGAGCGCCUUCUCGUUGGCGACGGUGACCUUCAGCAAGCCAUCUUGUACAUGUUCAACCAGCUGAACCUGUUGUUCUGGCUGGUCGAGCUCGCCUCUCCCGCUACGCUCGAGGCCGAAGGCAUUCCCGCGUUGCAGGAUUUCGCCGGCGAAAAUCACCCACCCGACUUCAUGAACGAGGAGGAGCUCAAGCAGGCUGGCUCGGUCGCGGACCUGGCGUGCUACAUCGCCAUGGGGGACUGGUCCCUCCAGGAAUGCAAUGGCCUCCCCGUCCCCUGGGCUCCUAGCGACAAGAAAUGGGACGACGAGCGGAAGACAUGGAUUCGGAAGUUCGCGCAGUUGCUUCUGAAGGUCGACGGCCUUGACGAGCUCGACAGGCGCUUCAAGCGCGACCGCGAGUGGCUGACGGCCGAUAAACUCAAGGCGCUAGUGAGCAACCCGAAUGGCCUACCCAAGAGCAAGCGCGCGCUCAACGCUCUCGAGUCACACGUCUUCCUUCGCUACUACUUGGCGUCGUUUCAACGCGGCCAGUUCCCGGUCGAGAUCCUGAACAUGCCGCGCAAUCUCGACCCGGGAGAGACUCCCGCGUGCAGCUCCUGCGCGAACAGGUCUCCGACGCCCGAACCCUCAACACCACUCAUGUCUCAGGAGAACGAGACCGCGCAGGAGACCGCGUCGAGCGAGGCAGAGAGCAAUGCCAAGAAGGAAGAGCUCGUUCAGAAUGAGGUGAUGGAUGAGGAUGUCGAGGAGGGAGAGCUGGUGGAGGACGAGGCGAUGGAUCAGGUAUCACAGGAGGGAGGGAUAACUGGCGAGGGAAUGGAGGAAAUGUUCGAGGAAGGAGGGUGGGUUGACGGUAUGGGUAGUGUGGAGGACGACACGCUCACUGUUCUCGAUGAAGACCCGCCCACCCUGUGCGAGGACGGUGAGUAUCGGCCUUGGCGCGACAUGGAGUUCGACGGUAUGGAGUUCGAUUUCCCUGGCGAGGAGAUGUACUACGACUACGACUACUACGACGACGACGACGACGGCGACGACGGCGAAGGCGAGUACGACUACGACUACGACGACGACGCCGCCUACAAUCUCGAUACGUGA